AUGGAACGCCGUCGGGUUGUAAGCUUAAUGCGGUUGGAUCGUUGGGUCAACCUCGUGUUCCUGCUGUGCCGUACCUCUCCCGACCGAAUCAGCUUCAUGAAUAUCACAGGCCACAUGAAAAGAUGUGCGGACCUCGGAAGUUUCCUUUACGUACCGAUUCGCGAUGAUGACUGUAGGGAGCCCCGGACAAGAACCAAUGUAAUCAAAUUUUCCUGA